UUGGGCGGCUCCACCAAAGUCAGCGCCCGCAAGACCGCGUGGGGUUGGGCCGCAAGUCGCAACACUGCCUAACAGUGACCCAGGGGCCGGGAACCGGGUGGGAGGACCUGAGCGGCGCAAGCCUGGGCUCUGAAAGGACAUGGCAGCCGUAAAGCCCAGCCUGGGCCGAGUCCUCCCCAGAUCGUCCAUGCUUUUCCUGUGCGACAUGCAGGAGAAGUUCCGCCACGUCGCUUACUUCCCCCAGAUCGUCUCUGUGGCCGCCCGCAUGCUCAAGGUGGCCCGGCUGCUGGAGGUGCCAGCCGUCCUGACAGAGCAGUACCCGCAAGGCCUGGGUCCCACAGUGCCUGAGCUGGGGGCCGAGGGCCUGCGGCCACUGCCCAAGACCUGCUUCAGCAUGGUGCCCGUGGUGCGGCAGGAGCUGGACGCACGGCCUCAGCUGCGCUCUGUGCUCCUUUGUGGCAUCGAGGCACAGGCCUGCAUCAUGCCAGGUGGACCGCCUGGUGGCCCUGGCCCGGAUGCGACAGAGCGGCGUCUUCCUCUCCACCAGCGAAGGGCUCAUUCUGCAGCUUGUGGGCGAUGCUGCACACCCCCAGUUCAAGGAGAUCCAGAAGAUCAUCAAGGACCCCGUCCCAGACAGCGGGCUGCUCGGCUUCUUCCAAGGCCAGAAUCCCCUCUUCCGCUGAACUCCUACUCUGCCUUGAGGGGGAGAUCUCCGUUCCUCCUGUCACUGAGGCCUCUGUGGAAGUGCCUUCCCCCAUCCUUGGAUCCCAAGAGUGGUGCAAUCCACCGGGAGUACCGCCCCCCUCGGGAGGGGAGGCAAGUACUGCCUUACUAUUGGGCGAGAGCUCCCGGAAAUGCAAAUGUAACUCUGGAAGCUGGGUGACCAUUGGCGAGACUGGGGUGGAGGCGGGGCUCGGCCCCUGGCCACUUCACGCGGGUGGGAAAAGGAGGGGGAGGGAGUGUCACAGACUGUGUGGGACCCGGACACGCAGAAUAAACACUGAUGUAGCUGUG